CAUUUUGCCCCAAAUAAAACUUCAUUCACAACUCUCACAUUGUGUACUUUUUUUAAGUUGGCAGUUGAGAUUCCCAUAUCACCCAGUUACCUCACCAUCAACUAAUCAACAAUAAUUGUGCAUGAGCUCACCAUGCACCCUGCGACUAGUUCCAGAAACCUGCCCCUGAAAGCCACUGGGGAGUUCAGGUCAUGUGAGUAAGGUGCUUGGCACCCUACAAUAAACACAAUACUUUCCUCCACCACAAUCCAGGGUCAGCAGAUUGGCUUUGCUGCACAUCGGGCAAGUGGAACCAAGUUUGCAUGUUCAGUAACAACAGUCAAGAUCCAACCAGGAAAACCAAGUAUUAAAGGGAAUAAUUUAAUAGGGGAAAACUGGUUACACAGGUAACAAGAAAACUGAAAAGUCAGACAUGACAACAGCAGGAAAUCAAUACUGAUCUCGUCAUAUAGGACUAAGGAGGCUCACCAGUCAUCAGCUGGAGUUGUGCAGGGGAAGCCAGGACCAAGGGAGUGAGGGGAGCUAGUACAGACAAAAGAAACAGACACAGGGCGAUACCCUCUCUUCUCCUGCAGUGCCUCCAAAGUCAGCGACAGAAGACAGCCUACCGCGCUCAGCCCUGCCUCCCAUUCCCAGCGCUUCCGGGGCAAGUAAAUCAAAGACCUGUACAAGAAUACACUGCUGUAGCACCUAACUGGGUUGCACUCUACAUCACAAACAGACUUCCAUGCCAUCAUAUCUAAACUCACAAUAGACACUUUAAAAAUGGGUUUUUCAACCGAAGGCUUCAACUUCUACAAAGGCUUUCAAACACCUUUACUGCACUCAAAUCCGACAGCUGUGUGAAUCAGGUCAACGUCCGUUUGAGUGACUUUGCUGUAGCCUUCCAGGUCUAAAGAAAAGGGAGAUGAGAGAGAACUUGUCCUCAAGCUGCUGGCACUGCCUUGAACAAACUUUCACAAUUGGGAUAGAUAAGAACUCUGAGAAAGUGCACCUCAAUGAGAGGUGUAAACAAGAGGUGCAGCUUACUCUGAACGUCUGAGAACAGGAAUUAGCCAAGCAGAAACCAGAGAGCAGGGAAACCAGAAGUCCUAGCAGAUACGCAGAUGGCUGUGACCUACAUAACAAGCCAAGGAACUUCAAGGAGGUUCUGAAAAAAGAAAGAUCAGAAAUUAACCGAGCCGUGAACAAGCGCUUCAGAAUUAUCUGAUGGGUCAGGAAACCUGUACCGAGGUACAUCAGGAGCAUGACAAUGUGGGCCAAAAAUAUACAUAUAUGACCUGGGGCUUGAAACAAUAUUGCCAGACCUAUGCUGAAACGGGUAAGAGAAGCUCAUCAGUGGGAGUAGGCGGCUAACUCUGCUUCAGCUCUGUAGCAUUACCAAAGAAACCACUUAUGACCUGCAGCGUGAGCUUCUUAAAAAAUUACAUUAAAAAUUAAAUUAUAGAUUAGCGUAGUUUAAGACCGUAAACCCUUUCCCCAUUUCCCCUCAAUGGCCAAAUAUUGGAAAACUACAACACAGAAUCACGACACUGACAUCCAUAAAGUCAAGACACACAAGUUUCUUUCAUUUAUAGCCACACGAGCUCACUCCCCUCAACUAACUUCUAAUGCGGUUAUAAUUCACCCAAGCCCUGUCAGCGCCUACAGCGGACACCGAAGAAAGGUAUCCUGAUGCUACCCGCGGGGACACAGCCGCGGUCUCAGCGCAAGUGCCAGUCGAGACCACGAAGGCAGCAGAACCACAAGCCCCGCCCCUUCCGUCCAGGCGGACUGACAGCCGCCCGAAGUCCGAGCAGUUUCCAAAGCCGACCGAGUAGAGCCGGAAGUGGGCGGCAGCCGCAGCCCCCCCACCCCCCCCGCCGCCGCCACUUCGCGGAAGCCUCCAUCAAACAUGGCGGACCUCAACCGCCAGCUGCAGGAAUAUCUGGCGCAGGGGAAAGCGGGCGGCCCGGCGGCCGCGGAGCCACUGCUCGCCGCGGGAGAGGCGAAGGAGCCCACGGCGGAGGCCGGGGCGUGGCUGAGCCGCGCGGGCCUGCGCUGGACGUGGACACAGAGCCCCGCGGAGCCGGCGGCGGGACAGGCGUGCCUGCCCAGCGUGACGCGCACUCAGCGGCUGGCGGCGAGUGGCGUGUGCCUGCUGCUGGCUGCGCUCUGCUUCGGCCUGGCCGCACUCUACGCGCCUGUGCUGCUGCUGCGCGCCCGGAAGUUCGCGCUGCUGUGGUCACUGGGCUCGGCGCUGGCACUAGCGGGAGGCACACUGCUGCGCGGCGGCGCAGCGUGUGGACGCCUGCUGCGCGGCGAGGAGGCGCCCUCGCGGCCCGCGCUGCUCUACGUGGUCGCGCUGGGCGCGACGCUGUACGCGGCGCUGUGUCUGCGGAGUACGUUGCUCACAGCGCUGGGCGCCUGCGCACAAGUGGCCGCACUGCUGGCCGCGUUGCUGGGCGUGCUUCCCCGGGGCGCGGGCACCGCUCUGCGCAUCACGCUCGGGCGCUUGGGUCCGGGCGCCGCCCUCGCCAAGGCGCUCCCCGUUUGAGGCCCGCGGCCCGCGCCGUCGGAAGGACGCAGAAUCCGUCCCCAGGAUGCGCCACCGAGAGGACACGGGCAACCGGCUCUAGGCCCAGCGCCAGCCAAACCAAGGACUGCGCCUGUCCGUUCCCAGACCGCCCGGGGUAGAAGCUGCUCCUUUACUGUGCCAGCGAACUGUAAACUGAGACAGGAGCAGUUUGGGAAGCUCCUCGAUUUCAGCAUUUUGUGCUACACUCGGCAGGAAGUGCUGUGAAAACCAGAUUUUGUUUUGAAUUGGUGAUACGCUAUGAAACAUUAGUGAUAAAUUGUUUUUGCGUUAACCGUGGUCUUAGAUUACACAGUAAAACAAAAAAAAUAGCUUUUCCGUUUUGAUUGACUGCCCUUAUUUUCCCGGAUUUCUUUCACGUUUUGUCACCUAAGAAAAUCCAGGGGUAGAUCGCAGUAGCUUAGUGCCAGUAAACGUGCUUUCUUUUGCUCUUGGAAGUUUUUCCCCUUAUUCUUCAACGUGAGUAUCCAUAGGAGUUAGCAGAUUAAAUGCUGACUUUAGCCACUGGAAUUUUUUCAAGUGCUUUAGUUAAUACGGUUUAUCUCAGUUUUCUCUUAUUUUAGUGAAAUUGUUAACAUGAUGUCUUAUAAAAUUAAAGGACAGUUGGUUCUGCAUUACAUAAGGAAACCAGGGACCAAGAAGCAUGGUAUCAGGUAAGGUGCAUGUAAAUGCUUAGAGGUCCAUGGACAGAACUCAGCUAAGGAAACACCUGGGAGACAGAAGAUAAUUCCACAUCCAGUUAUCUAUUGGAUGGAAACCAUGGAUUUCUACAAGGUCUAGUUUUCCAUUCCUAAUUUUAUGAUGUGCUUUUGAACCCAUAGUUUACACUUUAUAUUCUGAUCUUAAUGGAAUGUAAGGUGCUUUUCAUAUCUAAUUGCCAAAUUUUCUUCUUUUAGAUUUAGCACCUUGGUCUAGGACUUACCUUAAUUUAUUGCCAGAAAGAAUGGGCUCAGUAUUCUGGUUAAGUCCAUAAAUAAAACAACGUUUUGUCACUAGCUACAUAUUAACUAGGAAGUAAACUGAAUUUAAAAAGUUUUAAUCCUAUGCCAGUAGUUCUUAGUUCACAUGAGUUACUUGAGUCAAACUUCAGUUCCGUCAGAAUCUCUGGGCGGGGUGGGGGCGAGAUUGGCAUCAGUUUUUUUUUAAGCUUCCCAAAUGAUUCCUUUUUCUGCUAAGGUUGAGAACAACUUGAAAGUAAUUGUUUCCUGGGACUGGAUUAGCAUUGCUUAAACAGGUGGUCAGGCAACAGAGUUUUGCCUCUUCCUCCAGCCUCAAAAUUUAUAUUUAUAGGUCUUGAUCAGUGUUCAACAAGCCCUGCUCCAAGAGGUGGACGCUAAGGUAGACUUACUCCCAUCCCCCUUAUUUUGAAAGAAGGCUGCUUUUCAACCCUAUUGAUUACCUACCUCGAGGCACAACUACUGAGUGUUUGUAAAAGCAAAUCCACUGUUUUGGGGGAAUGACUUAUUUUUUUGACUGGAAAAUGUACCACUGGCUGCUUUGUCUACCCCCUAGUUAAAUCUGUAUUUUAGUUCUAAAUUUUAGACUGAAGAUUUGACCGCAUUCAGCCCAUUUUUAAAUGUUAUUUAAUGCUAUUUUUAAAAAUUGUUUUUCCAGCAUUUUCCCAAGAAUUCACUGUUGGGAAAUCUGUUUUUAUAAAAUUCAAAGCACAAUAUAUUAUAUGUAUUUUGACAGUGAUGACUUAAAAUGCAGAUAUAUACAUUAAGUAAUAAAUAAUGUUGAGUUU